AUGGCAGGAACUGGGCUCUCGUUAUUUGUGACGGGACUUGUAUUGAAUUGUUUAAACUCCAUAUGUCAAAUAUACUUCACUAUAUUAUACGGUGAUUUAGAAGCUGAUUAUAUUAAUUCAAUCGAACUGUGUAAACGGGUAAACAGAUGGAGCACACCAGAGGCAAUUUUGCAGGCGUUUGUUUCUAUAUUAUUUCUUUUGAAUGGAUAUUGGUUUGUUUUUCUCUUAAAUGUCCCUGUUUUGGCAUAUAAUGCGAUCACUGUCUUUAAAAGAACAUACCUACUGGACGCCACUGAUAUUUUCAGGACGCUGGGUCAACGCAAAAUUGAAUGCUUUUUAAAAUUAGGGUUCUACCUCUUCAUCUUCCUCUUUUAUUUCUACAGGAUGGUCACAUCAUUACUUGAAAACGAAGCUAACUUGAUAGGGUAG